AAUAACAAUGGAUGCAAUAUUGUCCCGAUUGAAGCAGCUCACCCCUGAUCAGCUUCGAGAAGAAAUUGUAAGAGCAGGACUGAAAUGUGGGCCCAUUACCUCAACUACCAGGUUUAUUUUUGAAAAAAAAUUGGCCCAGGCGUUGUUUGAACAGCAAGGAGCGUUGGAGGAAAAAGGAUCUGCUCUGUCAGAGGAGGCUGCUGGAAACAUCCCAUCUGAGAGCAGCCGGGCAGAAGCACAAAAGGCUUUGAAAACUGCAGUGUUGAAUCACAACGGUCAUGGAAAUGCUUCUGAAGAGGUAGACUUUGGGUACUGCGUAGGUCUGAACCCUCCAGAAGAAGAUGCUGUGAUGCACGUGAACUGUUCAGCUCCAGUCUGUGGAGCAGGAUGUGUUGAUUCACAGACUAGUACUCAGACACCGUCCAGAGAUCCUCCGCUCUUCUAUGGUGUGUGUCCGGUUUAUGAUGACAUACUGGCAAGAAAUGAGAGAAUACAUGUUUAUGAAGAUAAAAAGGAAGCUCUCCAGGCUGUUAAGAUGAUUAAGGGUUCCCGUUUUAAAGCUUUUUCAAACAGAGAGGAUGCUGAGAAGUUUGCUAAAGGAAUCUGUGAUUAUUUCCCAUCUCCAAGCAAGUCCUCCUUAUGUCUGUCUCCAGUGAAAAUGGGAUCAUUUAACAGAGAUGGCUUAUGUUCCCCUGAGACCGACUCUGCGAAUAAGGAAAGAGCCAACAGUUAUAAAAGUCCACGCACUCAAGAUCUGACUGCUAAACUUCGGAAAGCUGUCGAGAAAGGAGAUACAGCCACAUUUUCAGAACUUAUUUGGAGUAACCCUCGCUAUCUGAUUGGGUCGGGAGACAAUCCAACAGUUGUACAGGAAGGGUGUAGGUACAAUGUCAUGCAUGUUGCUGCCAAGGAGAAUCAACCUGGCAUCUGCCAGUUACUGCUGGACACUUUGGAAAAUCCCGAGUUUAUGCGGCUCAUGUAUCCGGACGAUAACGACGUCAUGUUGAAGAAUCGCAUCCAAUAUAUUGUUGACCUUUACCUUAACACACCAGAUAAAAUGGGAUUUGAUACUCCAUUGCAUUUUGCCUGCAAGUUUGGGAAUUUGGACGUUGUUAAUGUGCUCACCUCACACCCUGCUAUUGUAAAAAAUCCAAGAAACAAAUACGAUCAGACUCCAGCAGAAGUAGUUUGUGAAAGAAGCAAGAACAAAUCUGCAGAAUUGAAAGAAAAACUAAGAGAGUACUUGAAAGGUCGAUACUAUGUACCACUCUUGAGAGCAGAAGACAAUUCCUCAGCUCCUGUAAUUGGUGCACCGUGGUCACCCGAUCAGACAGAUGAUGGCCCCCAGAGAACUUUAUCUAAAUACACUGGCAGCCCUAAAGAUCCAGUGCUGUCAAUAAGAGCUUUCGCAGGCCCCAUGAGCCCCUCAAAGGCCGAAGAAUUUCGCCGGCUUUGGAAGACUCCACCUCGAGAGAGAGCUGGCUUCUUUCACAAUGUCAGGAAAUCUGAUCUGGAGAGAGGUCUUGAAAGAGUUGGAAGGGAGUUAGCUCAUGAACUGGGGUUCCCGUGGGUUGAAUACUGGGAAUUUCUGGGCUGUUUUGUUGAUCUGUCUUCCCAGGAGGGGUUGCGAAAAUUAGAAGAGUACCUGAGUCAUCAGGAAAUGAGCGAAAAGGCUCAGCAAGAGACAGGGGAAAAUGAAACCUGCAAUCGAUACAAAACUCCACAUCCUUCUGGCAAGAGUAAAAAGUGCUGCAAUUCUAUUUCUGUUGGAGCAUUUUUGGAUGAGGAUGAUGAUGACAUGAGCUUAGAAGAAAUCAAAAACAGACAAAAUGCAGCACGGAACAUCAGCCAACCUCUUGCCUCCAAAGAGCCCAGCAUCGAUGCUCUGGGAGACGCCGAGUGUGACAUCUUGUCAAUGGCGCGCGCAGCAAACAUCAUCGAAACAUCGGGUCCCCCCAGGCACUAUGAAAAGGCGGCUUCUUCCAGCAAAAAUGGAUUUUGUAAUCCUGUUUCCAGUGACAGGAUAAUUAGUGACAGAAAGCAUUUGCACGAUGGAGGAGAACGCCUUAUAUCGCCCGUUUCCAAUUUAAUGUCAGAAUUUGAAAGCCUGUCAUUCCAAGAACAAGAGGUUGCAGGAAAAUCAAAUAAAAUCACUGAAAAAACUGUGAAUGAGAGAAUUCUGGCUGAAGGAACAAGUCAGGUGAGAAUAUCCAAGGACCACCCAGAUAACACCUGCUACGCAGGUUCCCUGGCGAGUUCUGAGCCAAGGGUUAUGGGUAAACCUGGAGAGACCAAGUUAAGGACAGAACACAAAAUGCCAUCGGAAAAGGAGAGACUGCCCAUGGAAUCUGGAAUUCAGACUAAUGAGGCACAACAACGUCAACUUUCUUCCCAAAAAUUUCUUUCGAAGGCUUCACCCACAAAUGAUGAGUCUAAGAAGUUAUUCCUGCUUGGGGAGCAGCCCUCGAAGCUGGAUAGUGAUGUCUUAGCGGCUAUAGAAGCGGUGGAGAUUGAUCCGCAGAAAUACCCCGUCACUUACAAGUGGAAGCAGGCGGUGCAGUCCUACACGUCGUCUGACAGGCAGAGUUGGCCAAGUCCAUCACUGAAGGCAAGAGUCAAGUCCCAAGCCAUCGCUGCUGGCCUUCCAAGUGCUUCAGGCUAUUCCAAUUCGGGAAGAAAUAGCCCCAUACCAGGAAGCCCAGGAAAAUACGGCAAUUCCGCCUCGUUCUCCCCGGAGCCGGGGAGCCCCGGGCGCUACAGUCCAGCCGGUGUCAACCACGCGCUGCUAAAACUGCGUUAUUUUGCAGAGCCUCCUGCCCACUAAAAUGCAAUUCAUCUUCCUGGGACUUCAAUUCUGAUUUCGUUGUUAGAGCGGAGGAAAAAAACUACGAUGUUACUGACGUGACAUGAGGGUUUGUACUUGGCUAUUUAUUUUUCCUCAAUUGAGGACAACUGUAUGUUAAAAAAAAAAAAAAAAAGAGAAUAUAUGUCUUUAUGCCAUAUACAAGAUAGAUCACUGGUGACAUGCAAGAAGUUAGUGAGUCAGUGCAGUUGUCCAGUAGCUACGAUUAACUCUUGUUGCCAGUAAAGCAGUGAGCUGAACCUUUACUUAGAGCCAGACGGUGGUGUUUUAGGAUCACCGACUGUCAUUGUUGUAAUGAACCCGUUAGCCCUCAGCUGCAUUUGUUUUGCGUGGGUCGGCUGGAGGAAGCACAGCAGCAGCAAACACAAACCCCAGGAGGGGAAAGUGACGGCGAGAGGUAAAAUGUUCUUCCACUUGCAGGGGGAUGCUCAGAGGGAAGGGCCCGACAAAGCAGGGGAGCAAGAGCUUUCCCUGCUGAGUAUGAGCGUGACCCCGUGUGUAAACAGACCGUGUUUACAGCUGGUUUGCCCCAGAGGGUUGAACACACACACUCCCCUGUAUCUCCGUGUGGCUGUGUGCACCUAUUUACACACAAACCUCGAGUCUUUGCUUGUUCUGAGGCUGUUAAAAGCACCGUGAUAUACUGUGUUUUAGUCAAGGGGCACUAUAGAAACUACUGGUAUUCCUUUAAAUGUUAGUAUGAAGAUUAAAAGAAACACUAUAAAAAUUAGCUGGUUUUUUUCUCCACAGAAGCUUUUAACAUUAGCAGAUUUUAAUAGUUAUUACACAAAAGCACAUCAGCAAUAAUUUCAGCAAAUUUACCAGCAAGAUACCUUAAUGGUCUAGUUUGUAAUAUAUUAGCGUGGUAGCCAGUGACCCAUGAUGUGGCUCCUUGUUUCCCAACUGUAAAGUGAGAGGAAUAAGGACUAAAAAUAUUUUUAUUGAAUUCUAAGCUUUUACUAUGUCUCUAGUCUUGAUGUGGUAAUGAGGUUUUUGUUACAGCAGUCAAUAAUUUUAUUCUUUAGCCUUCUGCAGGAAUGACUUGUUUCGACAACACGCCACUGAGAUUGAAGCUUUCCCUAUGAAGCUUAAUGGUUGUCAUGUUGGUUGAAGGCAGGCUCCCAGACACAGAGCUCUCAGUGUUGAUAGCUCUCCAGUUAAAAUGAAAAGGAAAACCUAGAGUUGUCGUUACACCCUAAUUCUGAUCAAAAAAUUACAAUCUGCCAGGGCUGUGCUGGUAAAAAAGGGAUGGGUUUGGAGUCACUGGUGUCACACACGAGGUGAGACAGCCCAGGGCCUCCUCCGAGGGCUGCGAGCCACACGCGUGGCUGGAGAGCCGCUGGUUGGAGCUGGGCUGGUGCAGGGCAAGUGCUGGUGGCCCAUGUGCCAGGGCUCAGGGCUGCCGUGGCCGAGCGGAGACCCCGGAGCGCGGUAGGUCUGAUGGCUGUAGCAACUGCAGAGCCUGGACUCCCUUCAGUAGGCUCAUGAUUUGGUACAAACCUAAAAAAAACCCUGCACUUAAUGCUUUUGCAAGCUUAAUAGUGCCUUUUGUAACAUAAUAUUUUUUUUUUUAAUUAAUUAAAUUCUUGUUCUUUUAGAAGUUUAAAAAAA